CGGGGAAAUGGGAGGGCGGGCAGACUAGCCGGGUUGGUGUGUGUCUGUGUGUUUGUGAGUGAGUGUGCGUGUUUGUGUAUGUGUGUGUGUGUGCAUAGGGCAGUGUGAGUCCGGGUCGUCCGGGAGGAGGAGCCGGACGCACUGGAGGGACCCAGAGGCCCCGCGCCCGGAGCAGUGCCUCCUCCUCUCCCGCCGCCGGGGCCGCGGUAGCCCCAGCUCAGAGCGUUGCAGGCGGCCGGGGGGUGGCUCUCCGGGCCGCCCCUCCCUCCUGCCCUCCCCGGCCGGACCCUGCGCCCCCAGCGCGGCCCAGCCCCCGCCCGGCCCCGGAUCCGGCGGGAGGAGGAGGAGGAGGGAGGCGGACAGGCUCGCCGGACUCCGCAGCUGUAACAGCGGCUGCCACAGCUGGAUUCCCGGCCCGGCCAAUCCCGGCGGCGGCGGCGGCGUCCGGGGCCCGGGAGGGAGGGAGGAGGGAGGGGAGGCGCCGCGCCCCCCACUCCCAGCCCCUCAUCCCGGAGCGGACUGGCAUGCAGAGCGGGAGGCGGCCCCGGCCCGGCUAGGCCCGCGCCCCGCCACCGGCAGAGACCCCUCCUCCCCAACCCCGGGCCUGGCCCUCCGCAGAAUUAUUGGGAUCUGUGCCCAGGCUUGGGAGUCCAGAGUCUCUCCAGUCUUUCCAGGAGGAUUGAGGUAACCACUCGGGGUCCAUCCAGCCUCUCCUCCUCUGCUGGUGGCCAUGAACGACGUCGCGAUUGUCAAGGAGGGCUGGCUGCAUAAGCGAGGAGAAUACAUCAAAACAUGGCGGCCACGCUACUUCUUGCUAAAGAGUGAUGGGACCUUCAUUGGCUACAAGGAACGGCCACAGGAUGUGGACCAGCGGGAGUCACCCCUCAACAACUUCUCAGUUGCACAAUGCCAGCUGAUGAAGACAGAGCGACCCAAACCCAAUACAUUCAUCAUCCGCUGCCUGCAGUGGACCACGGUAAUUGAGAGAACGUUUCACGUGGAGACCCCCGAGGAGCGGGAAGAAUGGACCAAAGCCAUACAGACGGUGGCCGACAGCCUGAAAAAGCAAGAGGAAGAACUGAUGGAUUUCCAAUCAGGCUCUCCUAGUGACAAUUCUGGGGCUGAGGAGAUGGAGGUGUCAACGACCAAGCCCAAGCACAAAGUGACAAUGAAUGAGUUUGAAUACCUGAAGCUGCUGGGCAAAGGCACCUUCGGGAAGGUGAUCCUGGUGAAGGAGAAAGCCACCGGGCGAUACUAUGCCAUGAAGAUCCUCAAGAAGGAAGUGAUUGUGGCCAAGGAUGAGGUGGCACAUACGCUUACGGAGAACCGGGUCUUGCAGAACUCAAGGCACCCCUUCCUGACAGCACUGAAGUACUCGUUCCAGACGCAUGACCGCCUUUGCUUUGUGAUGGAGUACGCCAACGGAGGAGAGCUGUUUUUCCAUCUCUCCCGAGAGCGGGUAUUCUCCGAAGACCGAGCCAGGUUCUAUGGGGCAGAAAUUGUGUCUGCGCUGGAUUACUUGCAUUCUGAGAAGAAUGUGGUAUACAGAGACCUCAAGUUGGAAAACCUAAUGCUGGACAAAGAUGGUCACAUCAAAAUUACCGACUUUGGCCUGUGCAAGGAGGGGAUCAAGGAUGGUGCUACCAUGAAGACCUUUUGUGGGACUCCAGAAUAUCUGGCCCCUGAGGUGCUUGAGGACAAUGACUAUGGACGGGCAGUGGACUGGUGGGGCCUGGGAGUGGUGAUGUAUGAAAUGAUGUGUGGCAGGCUGCCCUUCUACAACCAGGACCACGAGAAAUUGUUUGAGCUGAUACUCAUGGAGGAGAUCCGAUUUCCCCGAACACUCUCCCCAGAUGCCAAGUCUCUCCUGUCAGGGUUGCUGAAAAAGGACCCUAAGCAGAGGUUAGGUGGGGGACCAGACGAUGCAAAAGAGAUUAUGCAGCACAAGUUUUUUGCUGGCAUUGUAUGGCAAGAUGUCUAUGAAAAAAAGCUGGUGCCUCCCUUUAAGCCACAAGUCACAUCGGAGACAGACACCAGGUAUUUUGAUGAGGAGUUUACAGCCCAAAUGAUCACCAUCACCCCUCCUGACCAAGAUGACAACAUGGAAUGUGUAGAUAACGAGAGACGGCCCCACUUUCCUCAGUUCUCAUACUCUGCCAGUGGGACAGCUUGAUGUGUGGCCAGCCCGCCGGCAUUCAUUCUGAAGCAAAUACAGACUGUAUUUGGGGGAACUUGGGCUUCAACAGACACCAGGGACUUCCUGUGUUACCUGACUUAUGAACAACGUUGCUUUGUACAACACUUUAGAUUAAUUUCUAGGAAGCCUCACCAUCGAUUUGUAUUUAAAAGAAAAAACAAAAACAAAAGAAAGAAAAAUUCUUGGAUGCAUUUUUGAGAGGAACGAAGCAGUUACAAUAUUCAGUCAUUUUCACACCAUCAGGACCUUAGGUUGGAAAGAAAAAUGUAAAAAAAAGAAAAAAAAUGUUCACUUUAGGAAUAAGACAUCCAACAUAUCAGCCAGUUUGAGAAGGAAAAUUCCCCUCAUCUUUUUAUUUAUUUCAUCUUGCUUUUUUUUUUCACCUAUGUUGCUUCGGCACUCAGAACAGCCAGGUGGAUGGAUUUAGGAAGAUGUAAAGACAUUUGUCGCUAGUGCAAUAAUUAACCUCAGAAAUAAGAUGAACAGGCUUCCGGGGGCCAGACUCCCUCUGGAGAGCUUGGGGCUAUAAGGGGUGAUGGUGUGGAUCUUCAGCACCAAUGCAGAGACUGACUCCCCAGAGGAGCCAAGCCAAUAGCCUCCGUGAGCUGCUGUUUCAGAGCCCCAGGUUUCUGGCCGAGACUCCUGUUGCACGGUGAGCUGGAUGGUUCAGACGGCCUAUUCUAAUGGAGAUUCUGCAUAGGAAGUAAGGGUUCCACAACCGUUGUAGGGAGCAUCCAUGGACCAGCCUCCUGCUUCUCUUUCCCAUCGGGUGCCUUGUGCCAAGUAUGGACCAUGCACCCCCACCGGAAUUCCUUCAGAGAAAUAAAUAUUGGCACUGAGACCCCUCAGCUACCUUCAGAGGAUAGGUGGCAAGUUCCUGGAUGUGAGUAUGUAGGAAAAAGCCCCCUGUAUCCUCCUGUCAUUGUGCCCGGGCCACGUUCAGUCUCAGAGAAGCCUUUUUUUUUUCUUGGCCUAUGUGUAACAAAAGAACUUGAAUUUAAAUUUUUCCUCUGUAUUCAAAGGAAUAUGACCAUCAAAGUACAUGAGGAAGGGGGCUGUUUUGUUAACUGUAUUGUGAACAGAAGCUCCUCUCCCCACCACCGACACACACAUCCCCUUCCUCACAUUUCAUCAUCCACAUCAUCUUAGAAACUUUCCACAGACGUCCUCUCGCUCUGUCUCCAGCGAGUGCCCACCCCUCCCGUUGUAGGUUAUAUUCUCUCUAGUUCGCUUACGCACCACCCCCCCCCCGAAUGUCCAACCCCCCGAAAUGAAAUGUGCUGCAGGCAUGAGACACUUCGGCUUCAAGGCACUCAUCACAUCCCCCUACCCCCAAUCCCUGACCCCAUGGCAUUUUUUUAUAAUGUUCAACUUUACUAUUUUUACUAUUAUAAUAUGAAACCUUUCCCUCAGAAUACUUCAAUAAAAUUUGCUUUACAA